ACUCUGGCCCUCACCAGCCCCUCAGGCAGACGUCAGCUCACACAGCCUCUCCGUGCUGUUUCGGGGUCACUAGCGAAGGCCUAGAGCUGAGUCUAGUGUCAACUCCCGGAUUUCCCAGGCGAUGAACUUGGAUUGGGGAGGGGAGCGCUGAGCGUCCGUUGAGUUGGAGGCGGUAGAUCCGUGUACUCGGCCGUUGGCUAUCACGACUGCAGAUCGUUCUGGGCCCUUUGAACACCUGGCAAAGUCAUGAGGCGGAGUGAGACCCGUAGGGAGGCUAGACAGGUGCUGUAUCCUGGUAACCAAGUUCAGAAGGUGAUGAAAGCCGGGCUGCCCCACGUCAGACAGAAACAGGAGAAGGAGCUUCAAGAGCGGGGAGAGAUCAAGAUCAUUCAACUAGGCUUUGACUUGGAUGCUCAUGGAAUUGUCUUCACUGAAGACUACAGGACCAGAGUCCUGAAGGCCUGUGAUGGCCGACCGUGUGCUGCGGCAGUGCAGAAGUUCCUGGCCUCGGUACUCCCAGCCUGUGGGGACCUUAGUUUACAGCAGGACCAGAUGACACAGACUUAUGGCUUCAGGGACUCGGAAAUCACACACCUGGUGAAUGCUGGAGUCCUCACUGUCCGAGAUGCUGGGAGCUGGUGGCUGGCUGUGCCUGGAGCUGGGAGAUUCAUCAAGUGCUUUGUUAAAGGGCGCCGGGCUGUACUUAGCAUGGUGCGGAAGGCCAAAUACCGGGAACUUCUCCUGUCGGAGCUGCUGGGCCGUAGGCCCCCUUCGGCAGUGCGGCUGGGCCUUGCCUACCAUGUGCAUGACCUCAUUGGAGCCCAGCUAGUGGACUGUGUCGCCACUAGUUCUGGAACUCUCCUUCGCCUUCCAGAUACGUGAGGAGUCAACUCUUGGACUCUGUAACCCAUUGAGUGACGUUCCUGGAAGCGCUGCCCCGGGGUGGCUGGACGGUGCCAGGUUCUGUUGCUGCAGGCUGGUGGUCCCACCUGUCCUGUGCACUGCACCUCUGUGCUUCUGUGCUGUGGAGCCGGGGCGGUGCCAGGGGUCAGAAAGGUGGAGGGAACAGAAGCUGCCCUCUGGGUCAGGUUCAAAUUGCCAAAUAAAAUACUUGUGCCUGUC